AUGGCUACGACUACGCAGACCCUCCCGGCUGUCAAAGCCCAGGGAAUCGACCUCACCAAGUUCCCCGACGGACUGAAGACCUCAGGCCAACAUGCUCCCAUAUACGAUAAGGUCUGGCCUUACAGCAAAUUCCCUAAGCGCCAGACCGGCCCAACCUUGUGGAAGGCUGAGGACUAUCGGGACAACCCCGAGAAAUGGACCCAUAAGUUCACGGACGAAGAGAUCAAAGAGAUCGGCGAAGCCGCCGAUAACUUCAUCAAGAACGGCCAUCCCCUGACGGGCAUUUCAAAGUCCAAAUUCCCUCUUCCAAAGCUUUCAGCCCGUCUAGAAGCUCUCAGGAAAGACCUGCUCGACGGCAAGGGAUUCUGGCUCUUCAAGGGAAUCCCCGUCACGGAAUGGGAUCUCCAAAAAUGCGCUACCGCAUACAUGGGUCUCGGAACUUACCUAGGCUACUUCACCAGCCAGAAUGGGCGAGGCCAUGUCUUAGGCCACGUCAAAGACCUCGGGGAAGAUCCCACCCAGACAGACCGAGUCCGCAUCUACCGCACCAAUGCUCGCCAAUAUUUCCACACCGACGGCUCUGAUAUCGUCGGUCUUCUCUGCAUCGCCAAGUCCCUCUCCGGCGGUGAAUCGGACAUCGUGUCUACCCACCACGUCUUCAACACCCUCCAAGAACGCCACCCCGAUGUAGUCGAAACCCUCGUGACACCAAACUGGUACUUCGACCGCAAAGGCGAGGUCUCCGAGGGCCAGGAGCCGUGGUAUCGCGGCGCCGUCAUGUACAUGGAAAACGAACGCUCCGACAACCCCCGUGUCUACGCCCGCUUUGACCCUAACAAUGUCACCUCCCUCAAGCGUUACAACUCCGGUCCCAAUGCACUGAUCCCGCCUCUCUCCGAGAAGCAAAAAUAUGCCAUGGAGAUCUUCGAGAAGACCUGUGCGGAGCUAGCACUGCAUAUGAUUCUUGCGCCGGGCGAUAUCCAGUUCGUGGCUAAUUCGCAUGUUUUCCAUGCCCGGACCGCGUACCAGGAUCACCCCCCUGGCGCGGUCGAUGAGAAUGGGCGUCCGGCUCGCCGCCGCCAUCUUAUGCGGCUGUGGCUUUCGGCUCCGGAGUCGGAGGGCGGUUGGAAGACGCCAUAUGCGGAUGCGUUGGAGCAGAAGAGGGGUGGGAUUCAGGUUAAUGAUCAGCCCCCUCAUUGUCCGUUGGAUGCGGAGUAA